CUUGACAUUGAUCUCACCAUGUUUACCCACUGUAGCCUGGCAGCACUGAUACUCGUGCUAACUCUUCAUGAUCAAGUUCAUACAGGAGAAAUCGUGGGUGGCCGUGAAGUUGCACCACAUAGCAGGCCCUACAUGGUAUUUUUGGAGCUGAAAAAGUCAAAUGGUAAUACAACAUACUGUGAUGGCUUCCUUGUAAAUGAGCAUUUUGUGAUGACUGCUGCCCACUGCGAAGCCAGUUCGUAUAAAGUCUUUCUGGGACUUCAUGAUUACAAAAAUCGCAGAAGUGUACAGAUAGUGACUGUGGAUGAGACAAAUGCUUUUCCACACGAAGGCUACGACAAAAUGUCUUCCAAAAAUGACAUAAUGCUUCUUAAGUUGCAUCCCAAGGCUGAGUUCAACAAGAAUGUGACAUCUAUUGCUCUCGCAGGCCGUGAUGAUGUCCCAAAAUCAUGUGCAGUCCUUGGCUGGGGAAAAACAGAGAAUGGCAAAGCAUCUGAUGUACUCCGGGAAGUCAAUGUGAAGCUGACUGACACUAAGUUUUGCGCUAAGGAAAAAAAGUACUGCUCUAAAGGUACAACUGGACCAAGCAACGGAGACUCUGGUGGCCCGUUAGUCUGUGAAUGUGGAAAGGCGUAUGGGGUGGUGUCUGGCAGCCAUCAAAACACCUACGGUUAUAUGAUGAUACCUGAAUACAGAGACUGGAUUGAUUGCGUACUAAAACAUAAGUGAAAGUCAUAAUACAUUUAAACCUCAGAUCGCUAAGACAUCUGAUGACUGAGAUAUCAAUAUUUAGACUGAUUCCACUGAACUGAGACUGCCUAACAGACAAGAUAUCAUUGUGACCUAAUAUACUGAUACUGCAUUUCAUGUUCUUAAAAACAGUAAUAAUCAAUUAUUGCUUUGCCUUUCUGUUAGAGUAGAUUCAAAGAGAACCCAUGACGUUAUGCUUGUUUGUAACAUUUAAUGAGACA